AUGGUGAAACGCGUGCUCGUUGGAUAUGGCAUCGAUGUCGAUGCAGUUAGUGGCUGGGUCAACACUGAAGACGGCCAUAUACCUGACUUCACUGACAUAUCGCGUGGAAUAUUCGGUGCGACCGUAGGAAUUGACCGACUUUUGAAACUUUGGGACAAACACGACAUCAAAACCUCGUGGUUUAUUCCAACUCAUUCACUUGAGUCAUUCCCGGGUCAGAUGACAAAGAUUCGCGACGCUGGGCAUGAAAUUGGUCUUCAUGGAUACACACACGAGAAUGUGGAUAUGUUAACAGAAGAGCAAGAACGUGACGUGCUUGCUAAAUCCAUCGAAGCUGCAAUAAAAUUCACAGGAAAGCACCCAAAAGGAUGGACGGCGCCAUCUUGGAGAACUUCAAGCCGUACCAUCGAGUUACUGGGAGAAUUUGGUCUGGAAUAUGACCACUCUUUCAUGCAUCAUGAUUCCCAGCUUUACUAUGUUCCCUACACCUCAGGCGAACUGGUUGCAACUGACCUCUCCAAACCUGCGGAGCAGUGGAUGAAGCCAAUGGGUAAACUCAAGCCAAGCAAUAUUGUUGAAGUACCUGCGAAUUGGCAUUUAGAUGACUGGCCUCCUUUUCAACUCACUGAUGGUCCAUCACACGGCUAUGUGGAUCCAGAGGUCAUCGAGAGACUUUGGAAAGCCCAAUUCGAUUUUCUGUACCAAGAGUACGAUACCUUUGUUUUCCCGAUAUCAAUCCAUCCCCAGGUUAGCGGGAAGCCUCAGGUCAUUAUGCUUCAUGAAAGACUCAUCAAUUACAUCAAUUCGCACGAAGGCGUGGAGUGGUGUACCUUUGAGCAGAUGGUUGAGGAGUUCAAGGCGGGGAGAAUUGGAGGGUUCGAAGUGGAGGGUGGAGUGGAUUAA